UAAGAGGGAAGCAAGACAAGUGAGUCGCCACUUGAGUUCCCCUCCACAAACCCCAAAAAGGGCAUGAAACUAUGAACAUUAUCCAAUCCAAUUCCUCCUCUUCUAUCACAAAGCUAAGCCUCACCUUCUUAAUACCCUCUAUCAGAAAAACACCAAGAAACCAUGGUCAUUAGCCUCUCAUCUUCUUUGUCUUUCAUCAACUUAACCAAUUCCAAGUCACCCAUCUCUGAGUUUCCAUCAAAACCCAAAACCCAGCUCCCAAAAUCUCUGUCUUCCACCGUAUGCUGUUCGUUUUCUUCAUCAGACCUUGGUUUUCAAUGCAAGGAACCGUUUUUCUUUCAAAAGGGUAGGUACCCACAUGGAAGAAGGUUCAAGUUCACGUCUUGUGCAAUUCCCGGGUUUGAUUAUGGAAACUUUGAGAGUGCCCAGUCUGUGUUGGAGGCAGCUGCUGUGUUAACAGCCAUAAUUGUUGUUCAUGAGAGUGGUCACUUCCUUGCUGCUUAUCUUCAAGGCAUUCAUGUGAGUAAAUUUGCAGUUGGUUUUGGUCCAAUUUUAGCUAAAUUCAAUGCAAACAAUGUAGAGUAUUCUCUUAGAGCUUUUCCUCUAGGUGGAUUUGUGGGAUUUCCUGAUAAUGAUCCAGACAGUGAUAUUCCAGUUGAUGAUAAAAAUUUGCUUAAGAAUAGGCCAAUAUUGGAUAGAGCUAUAGUGGUUUCAGCUGGUGUAGUUGCCAAUAUCAUUUUUGCAUACCUUAUAAUCUUUACUCAAGUCUUGUCAGUUGGUUUGCCUGUACAAGAGGCCUAUCCAGGGGUGCUUGUGCCCGAGGUUCGACCCUUUUCAGCAGCUUCCCGAGACGGGUUGCUUCCGGGGGAUGUGAUCCUUGAGGUUAAUGGAAUUGAAUUGCCGAAAGGAGGGCCUAAUGGUGUUUCAGAGAUUGUUGAUGUAAUUAAGCAGAAUGCCAAAAGAAAUGUGGUUCUUAAGGUUGAGAGGGGACAACAGGACUUUGAAAUUGGGAUCAUCCCUGAUGAGAAUUAUGAUGGAACAGGCAAAAUUGGAGUACAAUUGUCACCAAAUGUCAGGUUCACAAAAGUAAAACCCAAAAGUAUUCCGGAUGCUUUUAAUUAUACUGGGAGAGAGUUUUGGGGCUUGUCUUCUAAUGUUCUGGAUAGCUUAAAACAGACUUUUCUAAACUUCUCUCAGACAGCUGGUAAAGUUGCAGGUCCAGUUGCCAUUAUCGCUGUUGGUGCAGAAGUUGCAAGGUCGAAUGUCGAUGGACUCUAUCAGUUUGCAGCCUUGCUUAAUCUUAACCUUGCAAUAAUUAACCUUCUUCCUCUACCUGCUUUAGAUGGAGGUACCUUGGCUUUCAUCCUCAUAGAGGCUGCUAGGGGUGGGAGAAAGCUUCCUCUAGAAGUGGAGCAGGGGAUUAUGUCAUCAGGGAUAACGGUUGUUAUUUUUGUAGGAUUGUUCCUUAUUGUUCGGGACACACUUAAUCUUGAUUUUAUCAAGGACAUGUUGUAAGUGUUUACAAAAUCUCAGUAAUUUGAAUGCAACUUGGGUUUUGGGAAAGCCCUGUGAAGCUGGUGUUGGAUCAUCUCAUGUCUUAGAGGGGAAACAAACCAAGAAAUUUGGGGACGCUUGACAUAUAUGGUUUGCUUCGAUCCACGACAAUACGUUGGAGGUACUUUUGGUGCCUUCCUUUUUCAAGUUGUUUCACAAAAUGUGGUUCCUUAUUGUCCUGUAGAUCAUAAUUUUUUAUUAAUCCUGUUGGCAACAUUGACAUAUGAAAGUCCAUGAAUAUAACUGUUAUACUGAAAUCCUGUGGUAAA